CUUGCAGGCCGCAACUCCCGCAUCUUUUGCCAUAGCUGAUAGCUUGACGCAACCACCCAAAAACCUCACAUCCGGCGACCAUGUCCGACGCCGGAGCCCUUCCCCAGGAAAUCAUCACCGUCAUACUCUCUCGACUACCCUUCAAAUCUCUCUCCCGAUUCAAAUGCGUUUCUCCCUCAUGGAAAGCCCUAAUCUCUUCCCCCCAUUUCGCCGAAACCCGUCUUAAUCGAACCAAAGCCAACUACCACCCACUUAAAGCCAUUCUCUUCACCAGAUCUUUCGAUCUCUACUCCGUUGAUUUCGCCGACGCGAACCCGACUCCUAAAAAGCUUGAUCCUCCUUCGUUCGACCACGUCAUUAGCGACUCCAUGUCAGUGAGCUCUUGUGAUGGCCUAGUUUUAGUUUCGUUUGAUGGUUAUGACAACUUCUUGGGGAAUCCAUCCACUAGUGAAUGGAAGGAACUGCCUUUCCCUUUUCCUCGAUACAUUUCGAUGGAUGUCUUUUAUCCACCUUGGUUGGGUUAUGUCGCGUCCGCUGAUGAUUACAAGGUUGUGAUGCCCCUUUUUAAGGCAUUUCGACAACCUGAUCAUGCGGCUGUUAGGAUUGUGGCUGUCUAUUCACUGACAACUAAUGCUUGGAGGAUGAUUCAAGAUUUCCAUUAUCAUCUUGCGGAACAUCGCCGUGGGGUUUGCUUUAACGGGCGUCUCCAUUGGCUAUGUUGGAGGACUGAUGAUUUGGAUUAUUCUGACGUUGUUGUUGCCUUCGAUUUGGUGGAUGAGAUUUUCAGGGAAGUGCAGUUGCCUGCCUCGUACGAUUAUAACGUGUCUAGGGAUCAUGAGAUGGUGGUUGAGAUGGUGGUUCUUGAGGGUUGUCUCUGUUUGCUUGUCUGGUCGAUGAGUGACCGAAUUGAUGUUUGGAUGAUGAUGGAUUAUGGUGUGAAAGAGCCGUGGAUGAAUUUUUUUUCGAUUGCUAAUCCUGGGAGGUCUAUAGUGGAUGUGUUGUGUUUGUCAGUGCAAGACGAACUUGUGCUGAGGAGAGAGAGAUUUACAGGUAUCAGAGGAAGGGUAGAUUCGGUAGAAGAUGAAUUUGACGGGGAUAAACUAAUUCUUUGCAAUCCAAUGCAAGGAACACGAAGGGAAGUGGUGGUUCCUGGCAUUCCAACUACAUCUCUAGUUGGGGGGGACCACUACAUUGAGACCCUCCGCUGUCCUAAUCAUGGAGGACGGAUUCCAGAGACAAUGUGAAGCUUCUUCAGGUGAAAGUUCAAAACGUGAUCACCUGAUAGGGAAGGAACAUCCAAGCUCUAGUCCAGCAAAUUAACACUGUGCAGCAGCCUCUCAACUUUUUGCAGUGAACGUGAUCUAGCUAGAUGUGCUCUUCAGCACUUCAUCUCUUUAGCCCUUUUGAAGACACUUACGCGGCUUGACUCCAACUCAAGCUUCUUCUUCUUUUGUAUUUUUGUAACUUCAGUUUCAUUUCUUGGCUUGGAGCUGCGGCGCCCUUUGUUGUGGUUUGGUUGUUUGUUAUUCCAUGACUGUUUUAGUAGUUUGCUGCGGGUUUUUUUUUCUUUUUUGGCAUGUAACUAAACUGCUAGAUUUACUCUUCAAUUAAUGAUGUACCCAGCUUCGCAAGAAGGGAAAAAAAAAAACCACUCCAUCGAAACAAUUCCGUCCUUUUAAUAUUC